UUUAUAUAGCGGGAGCAUGGGCUGUUGGGAAUCUGUUUCUCCCCUCUGAUAAUGCGACUCUAGAGAUGAUGAGGAAUCAUAACGGUUUUUCCCGUCUCAUUUCUGUAUCAUGUGGGCAUCUCAUUGCCACUUUUAAGCUCUGAUAAACCCCAAAACAGGAAACCCUACCUGUUGUCAUUACCAUGGAAAGACCUCGCUGUUCCGAUAAAGUUCUAUCGAUCCAAUCAUGACCAUUAGAUGGUUAAACAAGAUGAGUUUGUGGAGUGGCGUCUUAGAUCGUUGUGUCGUUUGAAAAGACGGACAACAGAAGUUUCAGGUGCAGGAUCCCAGCCCUAUACAGAAUGGAUAUCAAUCGUGCUUUAAUGCACAACGCAUGAAUCCGGGAGAACCCAAGCGUUGAUAAUGCUAUCACGCUACCAGAUCCAUGCGAUCGAAACCAGUGUUCGGGUGAUGUCCGCCGUCUCCGUCACUUCGUCAUUUUUUGUCAUACUCAGUUUUCUGUGGGGCAAGCUAUUUCAAACGCCGGUCAACAGGCUAAUGUUUUAUGCCACCUGGGGUAACGUCCUUGCGAAUGUUGGCACUAUGAUUGGAGGGGCUGGAAUCUCUCAUGGUGCGGGUAGUAGUCUUUGUAGAUGCCAGGCAUUUCUUUUACAAUGGUUUUUGCCAACAAAUGCUCUCUGGAUCCUUUGCCUGGCCAUCAAUGUAUACCUGACCGCAUCUCACAAGUACAGACCAUCUGAAUUAAAGAGGCUAGAAUGGCGUUACUUGAUCAUGUGCUACAUAGUACCGCUUAUCCCCGCCUUCGCCUUUCUAUUUGUGGAAACGAAGGCAUCAGGCCCUGUUUAUGGAGAUGCUGUGAUAUGGUGCUGGAUUAGACCGGAAUGGCAAGCCUUUCGCUUCGCUUUUUUUUUUGGACCAAUCUGGCUCACAAUAAUUAUGACCAUUGCGAUCCUUCUGUACCAGGGCAUCGAAAUCUACUCGAAGCGAAUGAAGAUUAAAAAACUUUCCGUGGAUGCUGUUCAUGAGAUCUCAGACAAACAUCAUCGGCGUGACACCGCCACCAGCGUGCAAGCGAUUGCUCCAUUACCGAGUAUAGUUGCCACGAGGGCGGACAAUGGACCUGGAAAUGCCUCAACUUUCGAAUCCCAACCCUCUUCCGGAGACGUACAGCCUCUAGGAGAAGGAGAUACAAGCGCCAAUGAAAGGACACCGCCAAAGACGGAUCUGUCAACCCGCGAAACACCAGAAAGAACACCAGAAACAACUCCAGAGAGCGCAAGGUCUAACAUUAAUCAUGGGCAACUUCCAACACGGAAACCGUCAACUCUUACACUAGGUCCCACUUUUUAUGCGACGGGAGCUGCUCAAGAUGAAUCGAGAUCAAACUAUGAACAGCACGGAACACCGGUAUCAAGUGGAACUACCGACGCUAGAAGAAACGAUUUAGGCCUCGACGAACUCGAAAAUCGAAGCGCAGCGAGCAGCGCUCCUACUGCGUACGCCCAAGUAAGAUCACACGACGGUGCAUCGCUCGGACCUACUCGAACCUCGAGCUUAAGCCAAAACAGGACCUGGAGAACGCGCCUGCCCAUUUUACGACCCCUGCAGACUGCUGACAGACAUACCGCAACUUAUUUGUAUAUGAAACGAGUCUCACUAUUUUUCCUUUCACUACUCCUAACUUGGACACCCUCCACCAUUAACCGUAUCCAUCGCGUUUCUAAUCCGGAUGACCCAGUAUUUGGUUUGGCUCUUUUAUCUGCAGUAGUCCUUUCACUGCAGGGUUUUUGGAACUUAAUAGUCUACAUAAGCACGUCGUUCGAUGCUAUCAAAACUCUCUGCGCCGCGUGCCGUGUAAAAUUCCGUUCGUAUACCGAGGUAUGACGAUAAGCGCGGAAAUUUCGGCUGAGCAACAGCUCGAUAUGGUAAACCAAACGUGGGAUGCAUUCCGCGAAAUGGCAGGGAUGGGCGACAUUUCUGGAUGGCCGAUAAACCCAAGUUGGUAUCCCGAGGUUGCCCAAUGGCGGAAUUUUUGUUGAUACUAUGGGCAAAGUGAUCUGAUCGGUUCAUCUAUCUAUUAAGGCUCCUCAAGUUAGCGGACCGCUCUGUUGGGGGGCACUCUCCAGCUGGAGGCGCUGUUGCGACUGAUGAUACUGAUAGUGAUGAUAAUGAUAGUGGCAUGGAUGACCAGGCGUCUGAUACGAAAAUGGGUCCGUGGUGCGUGUGUUAGUUUGGAGGGUUUGAUGAACCGAGUUUAUCCAGCUGCAUGAAUGCUGCCUAAAGAAUUUGGGAGGAUGGCCGCUCUCCAUGCGAUGGUAUUGGUGAAAUUAGUUUUCUUCACCAGUUUGCUGCAGCAAAUGUAGUUAUACUAUACAGUUAGCUGGGGUUUGAAAGGAACAAGAGGUUUUAAUCUAAUCAACCCUGAACUUUAUUUAACAGUAUAUGUUCAAAGUAUUUGAAUCCAGUUGCCUUUCCAAUCAAUGGGCCCAUUUCUACUUUGCAUGUAUACAUUUCGCCCAGCAUAGAUAGAUAGAUAGGUAAACAUCACUAGCAACCAACCCACCCUAAACACCAAGAUCACAGAAGACAAUGCAACCUACACAAAAAGGAAUACAAUAUGAUCUAUAACGAAGUGAAAAACACUAAAUGUACAGGGGGAUUAAGAAAUCGAAAGCGCCAAAGUAUACAUCACUUUAUUCCAAGCCGUUCCGGACCUUGCUAUUAAAUCUACGCUCAGACUCCCCUUGUGAGCCUUGUUCCACCCACUGACGAAACAUGUCCUCAGGGUCAAGAUUGAAGUCUGGCUUAUAAUCCUCUUCAAUGACAGUUGUGACGUCUGCCAAGCCGUCUUCGUCCCCGACUUCUACCUUUCCCUUAUAAUUCGCCGCAGCAGCGCUCUGUUCAAAAGCCAUCUCGCAAGCUUGGGCAUAGAAUUGUUCGAACGCGGCCUGAAGCGAUCCCUCAGAUUGACCCUUCGCGACAGCGGAGGAGAGAUGGGUAUUUGGUUGGCAAAGCUCCGGCCGUAGUUCAUUGUCAUCACGACCCAGAGAAAUGGACAUAUCGAUCACAUGUUCAGGUAAGGCAGGACCCAUGUUCACGUGUGAGUAACUGAGCUCGAGAUCCUUGUAGUUGAAGCGCGAAAUUCGAGCUGAUCUGAGGUAGCGUAUGGGAGGAAGCAUAUAUGUCCCUGUAACGAAAUCUGCCUCUCCUUUCCCGCUGCCAUGCGAACCUGCUGUCGCCGCGACGGAUGCUCGUUUAGCGAUCAGUUUGCGUGGGAUCGUCAGCUCGCAGGACAUGGGCAUACGCGGCUGCAUGUAAACAUCUUCCGAGACCAUAUUUUGGAUAACUUCUGAAAUGCUGGAGAUAUCAGCCCUCUGCUUCUCGGCUUGUGACAAAGCGGAUGCUUUCCGGCCUUCCAGAAGGUCAUAGUGUGUGAAUUUAUUAAAGCGGAGGUCUAGCGACGUUUCCGGCAGUAACACGUCUAUGUCCGCUCUAUGGACGAUGGCAGUGGCUUUUCGUAGAAUUGGUACCAGGAAUUGACGUUUACCAGCAUAUCGGAGUACGACGUCGAGUUCUAAUUCAAUAGGCGGGAGGCGCGUCUUGUUUUUAGCUGAUGGUUUGAGUCGAAUUCGGUGAAAGGUACCAUUUCCCACGUUCGGUAACGGAGAGAGACGUUGGAGGAACGAUAUGGGAUUGGAGAUGUUGGCAGCAAAAGCUCGAGGGACCGUAGGACUGAAAGAUUUAAAUUUCAUCUUUCCGGGUUUCAUUGAUUGUUGGUGCGCAAACAGCGAUUUUCCGAGGGAAGCGACAACGACCUCGCGAAUGUGAGGCUGGCCAGGGCUGCGCCAGCUGGAUGAAGCUGGUGGAGUAAACAACUCAUUGCACACUUUCUCGCAAACUGAUCCACGACCUUUCUGGACGAGAGCUGGGGGUGGUUCUGAUUGAGUACCACUUGGAGUUUUUGUCCCAGAAAGCGGUUUCAUCCAUCUUAGCCAUCGUCUCUGGCGAUCAGCCCAAGGUAGGAAUUCCUGGUAGGAAACGGAGUACAUAACUGCCGGCUCAGUGUCCGACAAAUAUGUGCAGAACCGGGUUUGGUCUUCUUCCGUCAUUGAUACUGCGGUUUCGAUAUUCCUGUAUGCCUCCUCUGCGUCUUUCUCCAUCUCCUGAACGAAAUAGAUAUUUAUUUGGUUUGUCCCUUGCUCUUUACAGCAAAAUACAUUGAGAGACUUUUGCAUGGAACGGAAAAAUCGCUCCUCGAAUCUUCUGUUCUUUCCAUGGAAUACAAAGCCUCUGCUGGGUAGGUCCACAGUUUUGGAGAUUAUCCUAGGGAAAAACUCCAUGACACCCUGUCGAACAAGCUCACAGGCACUUUCGUUUGCGGUAAUUCUCACAAGGUUUAAAGAUCGCGAAACAUCUAUCUUGGCGCCAUAUGUGAUUGCAAGAUCUUUGAGAGGGCUAAUAUCAGGCAAUAGGAGCAUGAAAAUUUCUUGGGGCGCCAGAUGGAUGUCCAAUUGACCGAUCUCACCCAAAACGGAUAGCUGCCAGCAGUCUCGUAAUACCAUCUCCGCUAAAGCAAUUUUUCCAGCCAUAUGUCCGAGACUCCCGAUCCUGGAUGCUGUCUGCUUCUGGGCUUCGGGGUCCAUUUCCAGAAAAAGUGAUGUCCCAGGCCUCCAUCCGGAAUGCGGUGUGGCCGAGAUGUCCUUUUGGUCAGAGAUACUCGCAGGUGGUUCGAAUUGUUUGCGAUAAUCAGUUAGCUGAUUAGCUGUAAACCCAUCUUCUAAUAUUUUCCGUAGCUUGCGCCAUUCGUUUCGGUCUAGCUUGUCUCCAGGUUUGCGGUUCCCCCGGAUUUGCUCAAUAUUUUCAAUCACCUCUUUGGCGCCUCCUAAUUGCAGUCUUGUUUUAUCGACCUCUUUCAGGAGCUCAGACGGAUUAUCCCAAGGAGCAUCACCAUCAGUUUCCUUUUCUAGUAUCCUUGAAAACUUGCGAACGGUCAUCUGCUUUGGUCGACUGGCUCUCUCCUUGAGUAUCACAACCUCACCGACCUCUCCCAGCGUCUUCACAUCCAAACGGGCAACAUGUCUUUGGUAGCGCGAUUUCUUGACGCCCAAUACCGGGUAUAGUUUAGGGUCUGUUUCGCCAGGUUGGUUUGGGAGUGUUGUGCUAUUAUAUCGGUUUUGACGGAGGCCAAAUGCUUGGGAUAGGAGGAUAGUCGUCAGGGCCUUUGGAGAACGCGGAGGGCCAAAUUGGCAUCGAAGACAGGCCGCCGCAUUUUGCGACGACGUCUUAAACAUCCGUAAUGAUGGGACCACAGGACGAACGGCCCUGUGUUUCCGUUCAGGGCAUAAUUUAAAAAAAUAAAAGUUGGGAUCUCUCCUCUGACGGAUGCCAAACUUUUUCGGGAAGGAAAGUUCCCACGUGAUUAGCUGCACUUAGUGCCAUUACUACUCCGUAACGUUGGAAGAUUUACUGGGAUCCAUGGAGCCAAAUUGGAGGCCGAAAACCACUGUCGUGAACCAGAGCAUUAUUGAAUUAAAUUAAAUAUAUAGUAUAGACAUCACGAGGAUGAUUAAUCGUAACAUAUAAAAGUGUUUCUCUCGCUGAUAAAUUUCUGCAUGGUUGACCAGGUGACCAUGAAAGCACAAGGAUUGUAAAAAUGUACGCGUUGAAUCAAG